AUGGAUACUGAUAUCUUCAAUAACAGCUGGUAUAGUAAAGGGGGCGAGGGAGGAGAUAUCCAGGGGGCGAGGGAGGGAGAAAAUCAGGGGGCGAGGGAAGGGGAUCCAGGGGAAGAGGGAGGGAGAAAACCAGGGGGCGAGGGAGAGGGAAAAACAGGGGUCGAGGGAGGAGAGAUCCAGUGGAAGAGGGAGGGGGAAAACCAUGGGGCGAGGGAAGGGGAUCCACGGAAAGAGGGAGGGGGAAAAACAGGGGGCGAGGGAAGGGGAUCCAGGGAAAGAGGGAGGGAGAGAUCCAGUGGAAGAGGGAGGGGGAAAACCAGGAGGCGAGGGAAGGGGAUCCAGGGAAAGAGGGAGGGAGAGAUCCAGUGGAAGAGGGAGGGGGAAAAACAGGGGGCGAGGGAGGAGAGAUCCAGUGGAAGAGGGAAGGAGAUUCAGGGGGCGAGGGAGGGAGAGACGCAGGGUGCGAUAGAGGGAGAGAUCCAGGGGGCGACGGAGGGAGAGAUCCAGGGUGCUAGGGAGGGAGAGAUCCAGGGAGCGACGGAGGGAGCGAUCCAAGGGGCGAGGGAGGGAGAGAUCUAG